UCCGCCAUUUUGUAGAGGUAUAAGAUAACACGGCGAAGCUGAUCUGGCGCUGCUCUGAUUCUGUAGUUCUGUGUUGUGCAAUGGACGGCCGUCUAGAGACUGAUUUGUAUCCUAUGGGAUCCGGUUACGCUGCUGAAAUAGACAGUGUCCACGAUAUUACAGUUGGUACAAAGCGGGGAUCUGACGAACUUUUUUCCUCUUGCGUCCCUAACGGACCCUAUAUCAUGAGCAAUUCGGCUGCAGCAGCCAAUGGCAACGACAGUAAGAAGUUUAAAGGAGACCACAGAAGUCCUGGGGUUCCCUCGCGUGUGAUUCACGUGCGCAAACUUCCCAACGAUGUCAAUGAAGCUGAGGUCAUUUCACUGGGGCUGCCCUUCGGUAAAGUCACCAACCUGCUCAUGCUUAAAGGAAAGAACCAGGCUUUCCUAGAAAUGAACACGGAGGAAGCAGCACAAACGAUGGUCAGCUACUACUCUUCAGUGACCCCUGUCCUGAGGAAUCACCCCAUCUUCAUCCAGUACUCCAACCACAAGGAACUCAAGACAGACAAUUCUCCUAAUCAGGCAAGAGCACAAGCAGCCCUGCAGGCUGUGAACGCUGUCCAGACGGGGAAUGUAGCGAUGCAAGGCACUGUGGACACUGCUGGACUGGGCAGUCAGAGCCCCGUCCUGCGCAUCAUUGUAGAGAACCUCUUCUACCCUGUAACGCUGGAUGUCCUGCACCAGAUUUUCUCCAAGUUUGGCACAGUAUUGAAGAUAAUCACAUUUACCAAAAACAACCAGUUUCAGGCUCUCCUUCAAUAUGCAGAUCCCUUGGCGGCUCAGCAUGCUAAACUGUCUUUGGAUGGACAGAACAUCUACAAUGCUUGCUGCACUCUGCGCAUUGACUUCUCCAAGCUGACCAGUCUGAAUGUGAAGUACAAUAACGACAAGAGCCGUGACUACACCCGGCCUGACCUCCCGACUGGGGACAGCCAUCCCUCCAUCGACCAUCAGAGCAUGGCUGCCGCCUUUGGUAAGGAAGCCUGUUUCAGACUAGCACAUGCUUCUCCCCGCUGGCCUGAUGUUGGCUGCUUCUUUCCUGCAGGUGCUCCUGGUCUAAUCUCAGCCUCCCCCUAUGGAGCUGCUGGGUUUCCAUCUGCCUUUGCCAUUCAACAGGCUGCAGGCAUGUCGAUGCAGGGUGUUCCCGGGGCGCUGGCCUCUCUGGGUAUCCCUGGUGCUGCUGCUGCUGCUGCUGCUGCUGCUGCUGCUGCAGGAAGGAUGGGCUUCCCCGGCCUCGCCUCAGGUCACUCGGUCCUGCUGGUCAGCAAUCUGAACCCUGAGGUUAGUAGUGUUCCCUCAUUGCACUGGAAUGUAAGGGUGGCAGGGCAAAGCAAUAUGCUUCACUCAAAUUACAUUGCUAUUAUUCCUUGUACUCAUGUUUUUAAUUUCAUUAAUGCAAAAGCUCUGAGGAAGGUGGGGUUUUGCUGCUGGAGAUAGCAGUUCAGUAAUCGCACCUAGAGAUCAGAGGAAAGAUAUCUGUCUAUGUGCAAUGCUUUUUAUAGCAGCUGUUAGUUUAUACUAGAUCUUUCUAUGGGUGUAUGUCUUCCAUAUUUGAGACUGGUAGUCCUGAAUAUCUCUGUAUGGUGCUCACUUGGCUGUAGAAUUCUACUUGGCUUCGUGGAAUGGUAGACUAACAUUUUUAGUUUGUAUUUCUGCAACCAAACAUCUAAUUGCUAUGAAGCCAAGAAUGUGAACUUGCAAGUGGGCCGUGUUUUAAACCCAACUUUUUUUUUCAAUAUAAUUAAAUGCAACUGUAAUAGGAAUCUGAUCCACAUAGUAUGAAACUGCUGCAUUGCAAAAGGCCCUGGCCUUCAUCUUCUAUUGAAGAGCCAGUAAUGUUGGGGCCAGCCUCUUGUGGAAAUCCAGUCCACACUGACAACUCUUGCAAGCAUUUUUCCCUUCAGUGUAUUUGACCAGUUCAUGUGUUUUCCUUCACUAAAGCUUCCUAAAGGGGUUUCCCCUCUUGUGUUUCUUUGCCACCUAAAUGUCAAAUCAUUCAUUUAAUAUUCUCCAAGUUCACUUUUUUUUUGGAAUUCUUUUACAAAAAAAAACAACUUUUGCCCAACUUUUAAUUUGAAAGUGGUUCAGGGGAUCAAAUCGCACAGAAUCCCAUUGGCAGUAUUUGGCAAUAGGCACCUCUGAUGGCUGGCUGUUUUUAUAUUCAAUAACUUCCAUGUCUGACCUGGCCUGCCCUGUUUAUUUAUUUUUUUUAACUUUACUGCAUUUUAGAUGUAUUCUUAAAACCUGAAGCCAUGCUAGAAUGUCCUUGACAUCUUUAAUAGAGCAUAAUAUCUUAUUUUAGACUUCAUUGUAAUUGCUGCAUCCAGUGAUUUUUAGUGUGGCUGUGCUUCCUACAUACUCUACAGCUGCUUCUGGUCUGGAUACAUUUUAAUAACUUCUAGC